UAGCUUAGUUCAUUUUUUGUGGUGGUUAACGUACAAAUGUGCUGCGUGCUCCUUUUUAACAAGUUUUCAGCAUAUUUACAUUUGAUAUCUUAAUCCUCCGACGUAGUUAAAGCUAUUUGGCAGUUGAAUCGUAGCUCAACUGCAUUGCCGGAUCGCUGAAGCAUCAAGAAAGACGGACUCGCGCACACAGAUUAACCAACGCUACAUACAAAGACCCACACAUACGAAGAAGCGUGCGUGUUGGUGUGUGUGUGUGUGUGUGUUUGUGUCAGUGUCAGUGCGUGCUGCUGUCGUCGUCGUUGCAAAGAGGAAGCAGCAGGCAAAGGCGAACGGCGGACGCGAAAAAGGAGCCAAGAGCUCAAGAAGCUGUAGGGAACGGCUGGCAGUUACCGGAACAUUGAGUUGCAGCAGCAGAAGUUCAAAUACAUACAGCAUAAUAACAACAACAACAAUAACAACAAGAAAAUAGCAACAGCACACAACAAAGGUGUCGCCCCCGCCUUUCCUCCCCCACAAAAAUGCAACAACAAGAAUCUGGGGGCGAGGAGAGCUGGCUAGAGGAGCAGUGCCAUCGCGAAAUCAACGGCCAGAACGAUGAGUACGAACGCGAGUUUGUGCGUCAGCGCGACAACAAUUUAAGCACCGUCUGGGGCGCAUUCCAGGACUCGGCCACUGCAGUUGCACAGCUCUAUCGUGAGCGCUCUUCCAACACAUUCGCUCCAGAGGCCGGGGCACUGUGGCUGCCCUUUCAGACCGCAGCUGGUACUGUGACAACACUCUACAAAGAAUCUUGUGAUGGUCUCAAACGCACCAGCGACGCUGCCAUACAAUGCGGCUACCAAAGACGCACACGCGAACUGGCCGAUUGGGCGCGCAGCAAAAAACGCCGCAUGAUACGGCGCGAGGAUUUGCUGGCCUAUUUAGCUGGAAAAGCGCUGCCAACGCAACCAACGAAUCCACAUGCCAAUCGUCGGUCGCCCAAGCCGGAACAUCAUCAUGGCGGCGGAGUACAUCAUCAUCAAGUCAACGGCAGCCCCAAUAGUGUCACUGGCUCGGCGAUAGGCUUUGCCAGCAACGGACUGACCAUGAUGCCACCCACAACCGCCGGCGGACAGCCAACGCAUUUGCUAAACGGCGCCAGCGGUCAGGCGGCGACAGUAGGUGCCACAGGCGGCACUGGCGGCAUCAUCGGCGACGAUCUGCACACUUUCAAGGAGGCCUUAGUUUUGCGUCCACGCGGACCGGAGCUAUUUGCAUUUGUUGCCAACGAAAUCGCUCGCCAUUGCAAGCGUCCCGGCAGUCCCAUCGAUGACAAAAUGGACAUUUGCCACUACAGCAGUAAACGUCAGCGCUUUAUGUAAUCCCAGCAUCUAGCGGCAGCCAAUGGGGUUGAUACACAUACACACACAAGCACACACACACACAUGCAUACACGCUCUAAUACACAUACACAUGCAUGCGCCAAAAUGAAAUGCAACAACACUUUUCCCACUCAAUGCAGCAGCUGGAGUAACACGUGGUAUUGGUUGGGGGAGGGGAAGAGGGGUGGCAUUGAAACUACAACAAAAACAAGACCAACUGCAGUCCCCGCAACACACCGGCAAGUUGUGUGUGUGUGUGUGUGUGUGUGUGUCUGUGUAGGUGUAGGUGUGUGGCGCGGGGGCGCGACUAGUUCUAUUAAACUGUACUAUUAAACUGUUAAAUUCUGUUUAUAAUAUUUAUGCCGUAAAGUUCUUGUUACUGCGCUUUGUCGACUCAAACACAACACAGACACACACACACACACACACACACACACACACACACACACACACAC